AUGGUCCCCGUGAAAAACCUUGGAGAGUUGAGGUGGUACUCCGCGUGCUUUUACGAGAGAGACGUAGAGAGAGGGCUGUUGAAGAUUUCGCAGCAGAGGUUUGCCGAAGAGUUGGCUGCGGAGUACGGUAUUGAGUGGGGGAGGAGUGUGCCCUUGCCUGUGAGCAUGAAGCUAACCGACUUUGACGACAACGAAGUGUGCGCUGAUGUCCCUUUUCGCGAGUUGGUAGGACCUCUGAUGUGGUGGGCCACUCAAACAAGGCCGGAUAUCGUGAACGCAGUACGAGCAGUAGCGCGAUAUUGUGCAUCUCCCAAGAUGGUGCACUGGAAGGCAGCACUCGGUAUUUUAGGGAGGGCUAGUGAUGUGUGGGUAUGUGGGUGUGUGACUUGGUUUUCGAGGACGCAGAAGUGCGUUACGCUUUCCACAACGGAAGCAGAGUAUGUGGCAAUUGCCGACGUCUUGAACGAAGUGUUGUUCUUGAGGCAGCUAUGGCGUUUUAUGUUGCCAGAUGCGGGUAUGCCGUGCAUCCCGGUGUUCGAGGGUAAUCAGGGAGCGAUUCAGAUUGCGCACAACCCGAUUGUGAACUCCAACUCGAAGCACAUCGAUGUACGGCAUCACUAUAUUAGGGGGCUGGUAGAGAGGAAGGAGAUUUCAAUGACUCAUGUGCCGACGCAAUUUCAGCAUGCAGAUUUCUUGACGAAGGCCAUUAGCAAGGAAUCUUUUGCGUUGCACCGUGACUUUUAUGAUUAA